AUGAGCUCCCAGGUUCGUCAGAAUUAUUCCACCCAGGUGGAGGCCGCCAUCAAUCGCCUGGUCAACAUGCAUCUGCGGGCCUCCUACACCUCCCUCUCUCUGGGCUUCGAUUUUGACCACGACGAUGUGGCUUUGGAGGGCGUGGGCCACUUUUUCCUUGAAAUGGCUGAGGAGAAGCACGAGGGCACCCAGCGUCUUUUGAAAAUGCAAACCCAGCGCCACGGCAGUGCCCUCUUCCAGGACGUGCAGAAACCAUCUCAAGAUGAGUGGGGCAAAACCCAGGAUGCUAGGGAAGCCGCCAUUGUCAUGGAGAAGAGCCUGAACCAGGUCCUUUUGGAUCUGCAUGCCCUGCACUCUGCCCACGCAGACCCCCAGCUCUGUGACUUCCUGGAGAGCUGCUCCCUGGAGGAGCAGGUGAAACUCAUCAAGAAGAUGGCGACCACCUGA